GUUCUGGAUCUUGAUUUGUGUGACCAGGAAAUAGGUGAAGUAAAACAAGUGCAGGGUGAGUUUCUUAAUUAUCUCUUGUUUUUGCUUUGCUGACAUCACCUAAUUGAUUCCACGGAACUUCCAGCCUCCUAGAAUUCCCAGGGGACAAGUCAGGACUGAAGUGGAAAUGCUAGAGCAUGAACACAGUUCAAAAUGAAGAACCCACUGGAAGGCUGCACGUAUGACAAGGCAUAUCAAGAUCUGAAAAGGUUUUCCAAAAACGGAGAUAAUUUCUGCAAGCAACUCUUGUCACUUCUUCAGCAGAGGGCUGAUUUGGAAAUUACAUAUGGUAAAGGACUAGGGAAACUGGCUAACAAGCUCACCAAAGCGCUGGACAAAAUGAAGGCCAAUUAUAUUUGCAGUGCUUGGCUUUGUGUUUCCGAGGAGAUGAAAUCGGCUUCUGAUUUGCACAGGAAACUUGGCAAAUCCAUUCAGGCAGAAGCAAUAAAUCCAACAAAUCACAUCCUGGAGGAACAUGAGAAGAGGAAAAAAGCAUUAGAUAACACAGCUGUGAAGGCAGAGGACACGGUCAUCAGCAACUGGCGUCAACAAAUAAAGGCCAAGAAAAAAUUAAAGGAGAUGACCAAGAACCACGAAGCCCUCUUCCGUGAAACAGAAAGCUCCCAACCAUUGGCCUCACCAAAGACCAAAAAGAAGUUGCUCAGAAACCUGGAGAAGUCUGCAACAAAGCUGGCAAAGGAUGAUGAAGAUUAUUAUAAAAAGAAUGUAGUCGCCUGUGAAACCAGGUUAAAAUGGGAAACCAUUUUAGAAAAUUGCCACCAGAGCGUCCUAGAACUCGAAAAGGAGCGACUGCAUCUUUUGUGCAAUACAUUAAAUCGUUACAGCCUGCAUCUUUCCAGUCUGGGACAAAACCUAAGUGCUUGCCACGCAAAGCUUCAUAAUGCUGUCAGUGAAGUUGAUGCGGACAAGGACACACAGAUAUUAGUGGAAGAAAUGUCUAUGCCUGCUACUGAGACUAAACUGGAAUUCUUAUUAACAGACUAUUAUGAGGAAGAUUCUACAAGCCUAAUUGAAAAAGAGAGGAGACAGGCUUCCAUCAAAGCUAAAGUGCUACGCCUGCAAAAGGACUUGGAGAAGGCCUUACAAGACAAGACAGGCCUAGAACGGAUGCUUAAAGCUUAUACAGAAUCUCCGCAGUUCUCAGAUGCAAAGAAUCAAUAUGAUAUCACUGAGCAGCUUGAUGAGACAUCUCUGAAAGUUAUCCUUCUGCAAGCAAACCACUUCAAGUUGGCCAGCGUGCUAGCAGAAAUUGAACAGAAGCCCAAACCGACCGAACCCUGGAACAACCGCGUUUCAAAAUGGAAAGAAAAGGACUGUGUCCAUAAUUCUUUGGUAAUCACCUGCCCUGUUAAAAUGGAACGCUUUAAGCGAACUUUGAGCACAAGGGUCAGCAGUGAAGUAGGAACAAAUGCAAGCUGUGUGCCAGCAACUGUUCGCAAUUCAAGGCUGCCAGCAACAACUUUACAGCCAGAGAAUGGUGAUUCAGUAUGUGGAAUGUGUAUGGCUUUAUAUGAUUACCACGCUGAAAGGGAGGAUGAGCUUUGCUUAAAUAAAGGUGAUAUGAUUGCAAUUCAUGAGAAGGAGGAGGAUGGAUGGUGGUAUGGAUCACUAAAUGGGGAAAAAGGUAUUUUUCCAGCUACAUAUGUGAAAGAAUUCAUUCCCUCCACUGACAAGAGCCUCACUGUAGAUGAAACUUCUUUUUAAGCUGAAAAACCACAGUUGGGAUAGAUUGCAAGUGCACUGUGCAAUAUGGAUUUAUUCACUUUGAAAAGAUGUCAGUUCAAGUGCCUACCCUUUCUAUGCUCAAGACCAUUUUUG